UCUACGAAAAGUCAGCAGAACAUGUGUUAAACGAGUCAGUAUGCGGAGUUUAGAUGGAUGCUAACUGGAUUUGACAACAUUAGUCGGGUCUGCAAGUGGAUAACUAUGCCAUAGAUACAUGUCAGGACCAAUCAGGACUAGCACACACAGGCACACACAUGGCCCUGUGAGCUGUGACUGUGGACCACACUAUCAAGGAAAUUCCUCAGUCCUCCAGGGUCACCUCCGUGGGUUCUCUAUCUGCCGGUUUGUGCAGCUGCACAAGCUUCUGUUUCUACAACACACACAGAAAACUCACACAGAGCACACUCUGUAUGGACAUGUUGUCUUAGUCACUCAAGAGGCCACUGGAAGCUGAAGUCAUUAUUUGCCCCAGCACAGACCAGGACCAUGAUGGUGCCCUGAAACCGAAUGAGAAGCUUUGGACUGUUGUGUAGCAUGACCUGAAGUGGAUCUCUCUAGUCAUCUAAGCUGCAGCAAAACAAAGGAUAAAGCAGGAUGUUCCAGGGAGACAAGAUGUCAACUGAAGAAAAUCAGACACAGGUCCUGGCUAAGCAUGCUUCAUCUCCAUCCAGUGGGAGCAGACCCGGCAGAGAAGCUAGACACUCAAAUGACAGCCAGGAAGUAGAGCAACACUUGGACCAAUUGUGGCAAUCAAAACAACAGAGCAGCCCUUCCCUCCUCUUUUAUAGGAAGUUGCCGUGUGACAGCGGGAAAGUGUCAAUUUUGGACGAGGGAUACGACUGUUUGGAUUACACCUUAAAACUCUCAAAUGCUGCAAAGAAACUUUAUCCAGAGCUGUCGGCUGGCAAGAGAAUUGAAGCAAUAACUAACAAAGUUAUGCCGAUACCUGGGAAAAGUACAGAGGGAUCUCCGAGCCAGCUGGAUACCCCUGGAGAGGGUGUGGAUGCAGGCAGAAACAGAACUGGCAGCAACCGCUGCUCCUGCACCCUGGCUAGCCUUUACACAAGUCCAAACAUCUAUUGUUGCCACAGCCCAGGAUCCAGUCCGAGCCCCAGCUCCAGCCCUGUUCACAGUCCUCGACUAUGCCCCAGCCCCAACCCCUCUCAGCCCAACCAGCGACACAUCCGCCGCAGCAGCCUGCCCGUGUCUGUGCUGGCUUUUCACAAGACAUCACCCUGCCUCUCAUCUCACUGCAGUCCAUCCAGUGAACCAAGCUCUGUCGUGUCAUCUCCCUCAAGUUCCCCCCUUCUCAAACACAGCCAACAUCACCAGAAUGGUCACAUUCGCCAGCACCAUCUCAAAGAUGGCUACUUGAGUUUAGAAAGGCUCAACAGAAGGCCUAGGGUUAACAAAUGCUCCUUAGAGAAACUGUUUCUAAGACGGGCAUCUCUAGAAACUAUGAGGACAAACCUUAGGCAGGAUGAUAUGUCGUCCUCAGGAGUGACUAAGAGCUGCAGCGGGGGCAUCAGCAGUGAUGAUGGGGAUGGAGAGGGUCUUUUGGAUAACGCAGAGUUUAUUAGGAACCGUAAAGAGCGUUCCACUGUCCUGGUGAGGCGUUUCUACAAGAAUAAUCAAAAGAUGACCAAGUCAGUGUGUACUGGGACCAGAGCGAUCGUGAAGACGCUGCCAUCAGGACGCAUCUCAGAGGAAGUCUGGGAGGUGGUUGUUAAUCACAGGAUAUGGAAACCCAGCAAGAAGAAUAUGUGGCCAAUACUAAUGCGUGGUAUGGGAGAAGAAUUCAGAGUCUGCAGGGAGAUACUACGUUUUGUUGGAGUUAAGCUACAGCAGGUUAACAACUAUGUGCAGGACAGAGAGGAACUCGACCUGAUUCAUCCCGCCAAAAAGCUGCUGCUGUCUUGCCCUGGAUGUGUGUGUCUCACAGAGUCCCGCUGGCCAUUGCACACUAACAGCAUCAGUCCAGCCAGUGCGGACCUCAACCUAUGCCUUGGUCCCUGGCGUUGUCAUCCUUCACAUCCCCCUAGGUUUUAUCGUGCCUGUGGCCAGAGGACAUCAGUGUGUUCCUUGCUGACAGGAGCCCUGCUAGAGGCCACAACAGCUCUUGGUGCCCGCUCCGCUCUGCCCUACCCUUGGCCCCCAGGCCCCAACAGCCACGCCGUGCUGAAAGAGCGUCAGCUGGCCAACAGUAUGACCAGCAGCGGCUCUCUUCCUCCCAGUGUCAGCGGGAUCAGUAAGGAGCUGGCAGAGGUGCGCCACCUUGUUCAGUUUCCUGAGGAGAUCGCCUGCAUUCUCACUGAGCAAGAGCAGCAGCUUUACCAACGGGUCUUUCCUUUGGACUACCUCUGUUUCCUCACUCGAGACUUGGGCAGUCCCGAGUGUCAAACCAAACGCCACCCGAACCUCAAGGCCUCACUAUCAGCACCCGCCAUGCCUACCCAGAGUGCUCAGCGAAGUAACGCUGUGGAAGACCUGGUGGCGCGCUUCAAUGAGGUGAGUUCAUGGGUGACGUGGCUGGUCCUGACAGCAGGGUCCAUGGAGGAGAAGAGAGAAGUUUUCUCCUACCUGGUCCAUGUCGCCAAAUGCUGUUGGAACAUGGGAAACUACAAUGGCGUUAUGGAGUUCCUGGCUGGACUCAGGUCCCGUAAGGUGCUGAAGAUGUGGCAGUUCAUGGACCAGUCAGACAUUGAGACCAUGAGAAGCCUAAAGGACGCCAUGGCUCAGCAUGAGUCUUCCUCUGAGUAUAGGAAGCUUGUGACCAGAGCACUCAAUAUCCCAGGAUGCAAGGUGGUGCCAUUCUGUGGGGUUUUUCUGAAGGAGCUGAGCGACGCGUUGGAUGGGACAGCAAGCAUCAUCAGCCUUAAACCACCUGCAGAUAAUCCAGAGGACUCAAUAGAGUUUGUGUCCGACUACAGUGGCCAGCACAACUUCAUGUCGCGGUCUGGUCCAGAUGGACUACACGUCCCAGACAAAGAAGCUACUGUUAGCAACAUCCUCCAGAUUAUCAGAUCUUGUAAUCGUAGUUUAGAGGCAGAGGAUCCUGAUGAGGCGUCCACUAGUCCCUCUUCUACUGGGCCAUCCCCUGCAUCAAGAAACAACUCCUUCAGAGACCGCUGCCGCAAUCAAUUCAUGGUGGGGGAUUUGUCGGAUUCAGAGGGCGACUUGUCGUCUGAGCCGGUGGUGAAAGAAGUGGAGUUUCAGGGGACUGAAGAAACACACAGAGCUUUCAGCCAUGGCACUGAGCUCAUUCCCUGGUACGUGUUGUCUCUUCAACCAGACAUUCACCAGUUUCUGCUGCAGGGGGCCACAGUCAUUCACUAUGACCAGGACAGCCACCUCACAGCUCGCUGUCUGCUGCGACUGCAACCUGACAACACAACACUGACCUGGGGUAAGCCUCAGAGCGGAGGGGCUUCCUCCACCGAUCAGCCACUGGGAUUAGGACAGAUGGUGGUAGCGGGACUAGCAGAGGGCCUUUUGGACCUGGCAGUGGUAAAGGCGGUGUUCCUGGGUCAUCAAGGAGUGGAUGUUCAUGCUGUAUGUUUGCAGAACAAGCUGAGUCAGCUGACAGUGGAGGAGAACGGUCUCAGCCUCCUCUAUGGUCUCAGUACCACCGACAACAGACUCCUGCACUUUGUGGCCCCAAACCACACAGCUCGGAUGCUCCAUAAGGGCCUGUCAGAGUUGGUGAAUGCAACAAGAAAAUUAAAGAAGUUUCCUGACCAAAGGCUGCAGUGGCUGAGGAGGCAGUAUGUCAGCUUGUAUCAGGAGGAUGGCAGGUACGAAGGCCCUACACUAGCUAAUGCCAUUGAGCUGUUCGGUGGGCGGAGGUGGAACAUGGGUACAGGUGGAGUAGAGAAACCUGCUGCCCAGAAAAACAGCCCUCUGGGCAUCGAGAAGAGCAAGAAGAAGAAGAAGGUCCUUGUCAGGGGAGACAGUGGGGAUGCCACAGAUGAUGAGAUGGUUUCCAGGAAAACACGAAGUUGUAAGGAGGGGCUGUAUCGAAACGGACCAGAGUCUGAUAGCAUCGACCAAGAAGAUCCAGAGGACAGCUUCCCUGGACCAUUCUCCCUCUCAUCCAGUCGAAGUCCUGGAUUGCUAGCCUCUUCCUCCUCCUCUUCCUCUUCCUCCAGCAUGGUGGGGUCCAACCAUUCCCGCCCGCAGUCUUCUCCGAUCCUCUCGGGAACUGCCAAGUCACAGCCCGGGGCGUGGAGCAGCAGGUCAUGGCACGGUCGAGGUAAAGGCUGUCUCAAAGGCUUUCAGAAUCUCAUGAUUUCUGACAGCACAAUGAGCUUCAUCGAGUUUGUCGAGCUCUUCAAGUCAUUCAGUAUCCGAAGCAGGAAGGACCUAAAGGAGCUGUUCGACACCUUUGCUGUCCCCUGCAGUCGUUCAAGUCCAGAGUCUGCUCCUCUCUAUACCAACCUCAGCAUAGAUGACAAAGACACGGGGCUACAGCCAGACCUUGACUUACUAACCCGCAACGGUUCCGAUCUUGGCCUGUUUAUCCGGACGAGGCAGCAGAUGUCUGACAACCAGAGGCAGAUCUCAGACGCCAUUGCUGCAGCCAGCAUCGUGACCAACGGGACCGGAGUGGAGAACGCCUCACUAGGUGUACUGGGUCUGGCUAUCCCUCAGCUCAAUGACUUCCUAGUGAACUGUCAGAGAGAGCACCUGAGCUAUGAUGAGAUCCUCAGCAUUAUACAGAAAUUUGAGCCCUCAUCAAGCAUGAGACAGAUGGGUUGGAUGUCGUUUGAAGGCUUUGCAAGGUUCCUGAUGGAUAAGGAGAACUUUGCUUCUCGUAAUGAAGAAUCCCAGAUAAAUCCAGAGGAGCUGCAGUACCCUCUGUCCUACUACUAUAUUGAGUCUUCUCAUAACACCUAUCUGACUGGACACCAGCUCAAAGGAGAGUCCUCUGUUGAACUGUACAGUCAGGUGCUGCUGCAAGGCUGUAGGAGUGUCGAGUUGGACUGCUGGGAUGGAGAUGAUGGCAUGCCAGUUAUUUAUCAUGGACACACGCUCACCACUAAGAUACCCUUCAAGGAUGUGGUGGAAGCAGUUAACCGGUCCGCAUUUGUCAAUUCGGACAUGCCGGUCAUCCUGUCCAUAGAGAACCACUGCUCCCUUCCUCAGCAACGCAAGAUGGCUGAAAUCUUCAAGACGGUGAUUGGGGAACGUCUUGUGACACGCUUCCUCUUUGAAAGCGACUUCAGCGACGACCCUCACCUGCCAUCACCACUGCAGCUACGGGGGAAGAUCCUCCUUAAGAACAAGAAGCUCAAAGCACACCAGGCACCAGUGGACAUCCUCAAGCAGAAGGCUCACCAACUGGCCCACAUGCAGGCCCAGGCAAGCAAUGGCUCACCAGGGGUUACAUCGCCUAGCAACCACACCAAUGAAGAGGAGGAAGAGGAAGAAGAUGAAUAUGACUACGACUAUGAGUCUCUAUCAGAUGCUGAUGUCCUCACAGCCUCUACUGCCUCGUAUGGCCUGGAAGAUAACAUCCUGGAUGACAAGCCAGAGGGGAAGAGCUCAGCAGACAAAGAGGAGCAACCUGUUGAUGAAAUACCAAAGAGGAUGAAAAAGUCUGAUAGCACCACGCAGAGCAAAGGAAAGGUGUUUGACAUGGAACUGGGCGAGGAGUUUUACCUUCCUCAGAACAAGAAGGAGAGUCGACAGAUUGCCCAGGAGCUGUCUGACCUCGUCAUCUACUGCCAGGCUGUGAAAUUCCCCGGCCUGUCCACGCUGUCUCCGGCCGGCUCUGGCAGAGGGAAGGACCGAGGAAAGAGCAGGAAGUCCAUAUUUGGCACAGCUCCCGCUCGCUGUAGUACAACAGGGGAGGUCAUGACCCAGAGCCGCACCCCUGGGAAAGGUGGCUCUGAGCGCCUGAGCUGGGAGGAGCAGCAGACGUCUCCUGUCCUGAACCCCCCCACCUCUCUCAGUGCCAUCAUCCGCACGCCCAAGUGCUACCACAUCUCCUCCGUCAACGAGAACGCAGCCAAGCGGCUAUGCCGGAGGUACUCCCAGAAGCUGAUCCAGCACACGGUGUGCCAGCUGCUGAGAACGUACCCAGCAGCCACCAGGAUCGACUCGACGAACCCCAACCCGCUGCUCUUCUGGCUGCACGGCAUUCAGCUGGUGGCCCUCAACUAUCAGACUGAUGACAUGCCCAUGCAGUUGAACACAGCUCUGUUCGAGGCCAACGGUGGCUGUGGCUACGUCCUGAAGCCGGCAGUGCUGUGGGACCGUAGCUGUCCGCUCUAUCAGCAGUUCUGUCCAAUGGAGAGGGAUUUGGAGAAAAUGAGCCCCGCUGUCUAUUCCCUCACUAUUGUCUCUGGUCAGAACGUUUGUCCCGGUAACAGCGCAGGCAGCCCCUGCAUUGAGGUUGAUGUCCUGGGCAUGCCCUUCGACAGCUGCCACUUCCGCACCAAACCCAUCCACCGCAACACCCUCAACCCCAUGUGGAGUGAGCACUUCCAGUUCACCGUGCACUUUGAAGAGAUGUGCUUCCUGCGAUUCGCCGUGGUGGAGAACAACAGCUCCCAGACUACUGCUCAGAGGACUCUGCCUCUGAAGGCCCUCAAGCCAGGAUACAGACAUGUCCAGCUGAGGACACAACAUAAUGAACCUCUCGAAGUGUCAAGUCUGUUUAUUUACAGUCGCAGAACAGAAGAAUGUCCUACAGGGGGCACCACUCCCUCAUCACUGCUGUUCAGUCCUGAGGAGAAAUGUGCGUGGCAGCAGCACAGGGUGACGGUGUACGGCGCUCCUGGUCCUGAGCUCUUCACAGUGUUCUGUGUUACAGAACAGACGACUGCCAAGCAGCUGCUCGACACGGUUCUAGCACCGACAGGAAACCCGUCAGAGUACUUUCUGUGCGAGGAGAAGGUCCCUCUGUUGAAGGAGCGCAGCGAGGUGAAGCGCUGUGCUCAGUAUCGUCCUCUAGCGCCCGAGGAGGAAGUGGUCAGACUGGUGUCUGGCUGGAACUCUGAGGAGGGAUAUGUGGGGAGGAUCUGCCUCAAGACGAAAAUGGAGAACUUAAAUGAGAAGAACUCGCUGCUGGAGGGAGAGGAGGAGGUGACGGUGGGAGGUAGAGAAGGAGCAGGUGGAGGUGGAGGAGGGGGAGGAGGAGUAGAGGACGAUAUGUUUUUUGUUCAGGUCCAUGAGGUUUCACCAGAACAGCCUCACACUGUGAUCAAGGCCCCGCGCUACAGCACUGCUCAGGACAUCAUACAGCAGACUCUGUCAAAAGCCAAGUAUUCCUGCAGUAUCCUAUCUAAUCCCAAUCCAUGUGACUACGUUUUGAUGGAGGAAGUGACAAAGGACGCUGGCUCUAAGAAGUCCUCCACUGCCAAGCCCAUGCAGCGGGUGCUGCUGGAUCACGAGUGUGUCUACCAGGCUCAGAGCCGCUGGCGGGGAGCGGGAAAGUUCAUUCUUAAACUUAAAGAGCAGGUGGUGCGGGAAGACAAAAAGAAAGUCAUUUCCUUCGCCAGCGAGCUCAAGAAACUGACCAGUCGCAGCCGCAGCAUGACGACUGGCAGCGGCGUGGACGGUCCUGCGCAGAGUAAGGAUGAUAGAGCUGCAUGCUGUGUGGCUCUGACAGAGCUCCAGGAGUGAGGCUCACACUCUGCCUGCUGUCUGUGCAUGGAAAGACAACAGAGGGUAUCUGUCUGCAGCUGCAGGUCUGAAGGCGUGGGUGGCAGAGGGCAGGGUGGGGGCAGGAAGGUUCCUGCAGGCCUCCUCCUC